CUUCCCUUAGUCUAUGUUUUCUUCUUCAAUUCAACAAUGGAGAAGAAACAUGGUUCAUUAUCCACGAAAUUCCAUGUUUUGUCUCUUCUCAUUAUCAUGUUAACAUUUUUGGGAUUUGGGGAUGGGUUGAGCAAAAUUGAUCAAGCCCGGGGAUUAAUGUCCUUACGCCGUGCUAAAAUGCACACUAAGCCCAUCUCCGUCAAUAACGAGCCAUGGGAAGAAGCGAACACAGUGGGUGAAGAAGAAAUGGUGACGUCAUUUUCCGAUGUGGGAAGCAUGGAGGAUGAUCUCAUCGCCGGCGGGCUUCCGGGACAGCCGUCGAAUGUGAAGUUCAAGCAGUACGCAGGGUAUGUGGAUGUGGAUAAGAUGAAUGGGAGAAGCCUUUUCUAUUACUUUGCUGAAUCUGCUGAGAAUUCUGCAACUAAACCUCUCAUUCUAUGGCUUAAUGGAGGUCCUGGGUGUUCAUCACUUGGAAUGGGUGCUUUUGUAGAGGUUGGACCUUUCGGCGUUAACCCAGACGGCAAAACUCUUUACUCAAGAAGAUUUGCAUGGAAUAGAGUUGCAAAUACAUUAUUUCUGGAAUCACCGGCAGGGGUUGGUUUCUCUUAUUCCAACACUUCCUCGGAUUAUGGCAAGUCAGGAGACAGGAGGACCGCGGAGGAUGCUUACAAGUUCUUGGUAAAUUGGUUCAAGAGAUUCCCACAUUACAAGACUAGGGAUUUUUACAUUAUGGGAGAAAGCUAUGCAGGGUUUUACAUCCCCGAGCUAGCUGAUAUCGUUGUCAAGAGGAAUAUGAUGCCCGGGGCAACGUCAAAGAUCCAACUCAAGGGAGUUAUGAUAGGGAAUGGGAUAAUGAACGAUGCCACGGAUAUGAGAGGACACUACGACUAUUUCUGGAGCCACGCCCUAAUUUCAGACGAAACUCACCGAGGGCUGGUGGAGCAGUGUCUGGGAAAUGUGAGCAAAACAUGUGAAGAUUUUGAAAUAGCAGCAGGGAGUGAGGUUGGAGGAAUAGAUUAUUACAACAUCUAUGGCCCUUUGUGUUUGGAUUCCAAGAAUUCGAGGAAGGUACAGCGACAUCUGGAAUUCGAUCCUUGUCAAGGAAACUAUGUUCACACUUAUCUCAAUCUCCAUAUGGUUCAAGAGGCCUUACAUGCUAACAGGACCAAGCUUCCUUACACUUGGGAACUCUGCAGUGAUGUCAUCUCGAAUUGGAAAGACAGCCCAUCAACCAUGUACCCAAUAUACAAGAGGUUAAUAACAUCUGGCCUCGAAAUACUUCUGUUUAGCGGCGAUGUUGAUUCAGUAGUGUCGGUGACUUCCAGCCGCUAUUCCCUGAAUGCUAUGAACUUGAAAGUGAUCAAAUCUUGGCAUCCAUGGAAAGAUGGCAUCAAAGAAGUGGGUGGAUACAAAGUGGUGUAUGAGGGUUUAACUUUUGCCACAGUCAGAGGUGCUGGCCAUGAAGUUCCACAGUUUAAACCGCGCAGAGCUUUCGCCUUGCUGGAGAUGUUCCUAGCCAACAAUCACACAAUGAAGGGGGGAUGUAUGUUCAUAGUUCUUACUGCGGCGGUUCACCUCCUGGCUUUUGCAGAAUGCUACAGCAUUGGGGGGAGGAAAUUUGAUCCACUGGAAUCAGUGCUCAAAACCCAGAAACAGAAACGACAAAACAACAAUAAUGCCCAGACAAUGAGCGGUCAGGAUUUGGGGACUGAGGAUGAGUAUUCACCUGUGUACAUAGGAGCUCAAGAUGGGUUGAAAGAUGCGGACAAGAUCUCUGCCCUGCCAGGCCAACCAGAAGGCGUGAAAUUUGCACAGUUUUCGGGGUACGUGACUGUGGAUCCCCAGGCCGGCCGUGCCCUCUUCUAUUACUUUGCAGAGUCUGAAACCCCUUCUGAUAAGCCUCUUGUCUUGUGGCUCAAUGGCGGACCUGGCUGCUCUUCAUUCGGGAAUGGAGGAAUGAUGGAAAAUGGUCCCUUUCGUGUCAAUUCCGAUUCCAAAACUCUCUGGCUAAACCAAUAUGCCUGGAAUAAUGUGGCAAAUGUUAUUUUCCUGGAAUCUCCUGCCGGAGUGGGAUUUUCGUACUCCAAUAGAACGUCGGAUUAUGUUACCGGAGACAAAAAAACGGCUGCUGAUAACUACAUCUUUCUCCUGAACUGGCUAGAAAGAUUCCCGGAAUAUAAAACCAGGGACUUCUUCAUCACCGGAGAAAGUUACGCCGGCCAUUACGUGCCUCAACUAGCUCAACUUAUACUACGCAACAACAAAAUCACCAACCAAACCAUCAUCAACCUUAAAGGGAUCGCCAUUGGGAAUGCGUAUAUCGAUGAAGAAACACAAGAUUCUGGUACCUACGAUUUUUACUGGACGCAUGCACUUAUAUCCGACCAGACCCACCGAGGAAUCAUUGCAAAUUGCAACUUCUCGUCCGCAGCAUCUCCGUCUGAUACCUGCGACACCUUUUUGGAUGAUGCAAAUCGUGGUAUAGGCAACAUAUACAGUUACAACAUCUAUGCUCCAUUUUGUUCUUCGGGUUCGUCGUCUUCUUCUUCCUCGGUUCAGGGCUAUAGAGGAUUUGAUCCCUGCUCAAAAGAUUAUAUUUAUGCGUAUUUGAACACCCCUGAAGUGCAAAAGGCACUUCAUGCCAAUGUCACAGGGAUUCCAGGGCCAUGGGAUUCUUGCAGUUUGGAGGUGAAUGUUAACUGGGAAGACAUGCCGGAUACAGUAUUACCCACCAUUAAAAAGCUAAUGGGUAGCGGAAUUAGUGUCUGGCUUUACAGUGGAGAUAUAGAUAGCAGAGUGGCAGUGACAACAACUGCAUAUGCAAUAAAGAAGCUUACUACUUCAGUCAAGACUCCCUGGUACCCAUGGUACUCCAAAGGAGAGGUUGGCGGGUAUGUGGAGGGAUAUGAGAAUUUGAGCUUUGUAACGAUAAGAGGAGCAGGGCAUUUUGUACCAAGCUAUCAACCUGAGCGUGCCCUAACCUUCUUCUCAGCCUUCGUUGGUGGAAAGCUUCCCCCUAAAUCUGCAGAGUGACUAAAGAGUUGAAGGGCCAAUUUAAUUAAAUUAAAGCCCCGACAGGCCGCCUGUGUUGUACUAUUUAAUGAUCUGAUCUUCUAUAACUUAAAACACUUUUAUAGAUUGUUGUUGGGAUGUUAUCUCCUUGUUCGUAUUGUGAAUAAACAAGUACACAGGUUGCAAGGA